AUGCACAGGUGUCUCCAUGGACCAAUGCAGACUCCCAGCAUGAUUAUUCUGCCUCUGCUCGCCCUUGUAACACCAGGAAGCUCCGUGUCUCCACUGUUUCUUUCGUCUCCCGGAGUCGAGGAAGGGGCCUGCUACGACGCCCAGCCGAGGUACUGGUCGUACCUGAAAUCCGUUUCGCCCAAUUCGCGAGCCCAUUGCAUUUACCAUUGCAAAGUCAAUGGGUUCCUGUAUGCAGGCACUGAUUUCGGAUCCUACUGUACAUGUGGAAGUGAAAUUUACGACUUUAAGCCUGCUAUAUGUGACACGCCCUGCAAUGAGAAUCCGUGCCAGAUAUGUGGUGGGUAUAUGGCGUUCAAUUUCUAUACGAUCCCAGGCAGCAUCGACUACACCCAACACAAUCAUUCCAUCAACAACUUCAACUACGCUCUCAGUAGCAACCACGUCAUCACAAGUAGCAUAUACAACUCUCUUAUCACAAACUGCCACAGUUAUUCAUCCAGUGACAAUCACAACCAUUCAGCCAGGAACAACCACAACCACUCAACCAGGAACAACCACAAUCAAUCAGCCAGGAACAACUACAACCACACAACCAGGAACAACCACAAUCACCCACCAGGAACAACCACAACCACCCAACCAGGAACAACAACCACCCAACCAGGAACAACUACAACCACACAACCAGGAACAACCACAAUCACCCAACCAGUAACAACCACAACCACACAGGCAGAAACAACCACAACCACUCAACCAGUAACAACCACAACCACCCAACCAGGAACAACCACAACCACUCAACCAGUAACAACCACAAUCACUCAACCAGGAACAACCACAACCACUCAACCACCCACACCCAUUUCAGAACCAACAUUUGCUUUAGAAUCAACAACUUCGUCCAUUUCGGAAUUAACAACCUCAUCUACUUCAGAAUCAGCAACCACAACCGCGUUUAUUUCACAAUCAACAACCACUACUGCAGAUUCAACAACCACAACAACCACGUCCACUUCAGCCCCAUCAGCGACUGCGAACCACACAACAACAGCCACCUUUAGGACAUCAUCCAUCACCUCAGUUCACACGCCAACCACAACCACCUCAGCGAUAACAACCACAACACUAACAACAAUAGCAGAUCCACUAACCACAUUCAGCGCAUCGACACGAGCGCCUUCUGAAGGCACGACCUCGCCUGCAGCGACCCCCACGAGAGCACAGGCAGCCACCGCAGACAUCAGCCAGAGUGCCAAUGUUUCUGAAGGAACAACCACAACCACCCAACCAGGAACAACCACAACCACCCAACCAGGAACAAACACAACCACUCAACCAGUAACAACCACAACCACACAGGCAGAAACAACCACUCAACCGGUAACAACCACAACCACACAGGCAGAGACAACCACAACCACUCAACCAGUAACAACCACAACCACACAGACAGUAACAACCACAACCACCCAAUCAGGAACAACCACAACCACUCAACCAGGAACAACCACAACCACCCACCAGGAACAACCACAACCACACAGGCAGAAACAACCACAACCACUCAACCAGUAA